AUGAUUCCCAGACUCUGGGAUUUGCUAAUCCUUCUUCUGACAACAUCCCUAGCCAACUGCCUCCUCCAUGUUCAGAAAAAUGAAAUCCGAACUUUUGACUCGCUAGACGGUCUAUGGACAUUUGUAAGAGAACCACAUAACGGAGGAGAUAUUGGUAUAGGGAAUCAGUGGAAUACGCUGGAUUUGGACAAGUUUCCGAACGCCACAGUGAUGCCUGUGCCAAGUGCGUAUAACGACAUUGGCACUGGCAGUGAACUUCGAGAUCAUAUCGGAUGGGUUUGGUACGAGAAGAAGGAGUUUGUUCCGUUGAGAGAUCGAAACAUGAGACAUGUGUUGAGAUUCGCAUCUGUUAACUAUUUUGCUGUUGUUUACGUCAACUCUGAAAAAGUCACAUCUCAUACUGGAGGUCACUUGCCAUUCGAGGUCGAUGUUUCGUCGCAAAUCAAGUUUGGAGCUGAGAACAAGUUCACCGUAGCCGUCAAUAACACUUUAUCAUGGUCGACAAUCCCACAGGGAGAUUUCAACUAUCAAAAAUUGGCCCAGCGAAAUAUCAGUGGACGAAUCGUAAGCCCAAUGCUCUCUCGCCUCCCUGACGGCGCUGUCAAGAACGUUGGAAACUUUGACUUCUUCAACUACGCAGGAAUUCUAAGAACCGUUCAACUGGUCAAAAUCCCAUCGAUCCAUAUCCAAAACAUCAAUAUUGUAGCAGAUCACACGGGGUCUUUCUUCUUUGAGACUGCUGCAAACAACUUGGAUGGGAUUCAGGUGGAAGUGAAGAUGUUCGAUGGAGACAGUAAUCAAGUGUUCACUACAAAUCAAACCAAGACAGAGGGGAAACUGGAAAAUGCAAAGCUAUGGUGGCCACGUGGAAUGGGAGAUCCUAACUUGUACACCCUGGAAGUCUCCUUGAUAUCCGAUGGAGAGCUAGUAGACAUUUAUCGGGAAACGUUCGGAUUCAGAACUGUCACCUGGUCUGACUCCCAAAUCUUCAUAAAUUCCAAACCAUUCUAUUGUCUUGGCUUCGGAAUGCAUGAAGAUUUUGAAUUGAUCGGGAGAGGAUUCAAUCAAGCAGUUAUGACAAAAGAUUUGAACCUUUUGGAGUGGAUGGGUGGAAAUUGCUAUCGAACUACACAUUAUCCAUACUCAGAGGAGCGAAUGUUCGAGAACGACCGACGUGGAAUAGCAGUGAUUGUGGAGACACCAGCUGUUGGGUUGAAAGGAUUCUCAAAAGCCAAUAACAACUUGCACAUUAAGAUGCUCACCGACAUGAUUGACAGGGAUAAGAAUCAUCCAUCUGUGUUUGCGUGGUCUCUAGCCAAUGAACCUGUGACUAGUAAAAAAGAAAGUAGAGCUUACUUCAAGACCCUUGUGGACACCGCCCAUGGUAUCGACCGUACUCGUCCAGUGACAACUGUCUACGGACCAACCAACUUUGAUAACGAUGAAACUGCAGACCUAAUGGAUUUCAUUUGUGUCAACAGAUACUACGGAUGGUACAUUGAUAUGGGGUACAUUCCGUGGAUCAAUCAGAGUGUCUACUGGGACAUCUCCCUUUGGCGGGAGACUUUCCAUAAGCCAAUCAUUGUGACAGAGUAUGGAGCGGAUAGUAUUCCGGGGCUGAAUCAAGAGCCAUCUGUUGACUUCUCGGAGCAAUACCAAAAUGAGGUCAUUCAGGAGACCCAUCACGCGUUUGACGCAUUACACAAAGAUCAUACGAUUACCGGAGAGAUGAUUUGGAAUUUCGCAGAUUUUAUGACUGGAAUGAGAUUUCCCACCACUCGAGCCGUCGGAAAUCACAAAGGCGUGUUCACCAGAUCUCGUCAAGCCAAAAUCGCCGCCUACACUCUUCGAAAUCGAUAUCUAAAACGUUUCGAUCAAACCCAAUUGGAAAUUUGGGAUUAA